UGAACCACGAAGAAUUCUUCAGAAUAUGUCCUACGAUGAUAUUCCACUGAAAUGUCAGCAAGAGUUCCUUCGUGAAGCCGCUUCGAUGGGGUCCAAGUUUGAGGAUAUUUUCCUCAAAUUUGCUGACACACACCAUGCGAUAAACCAUGCAAGGGCUUUAUCACCAGAUGAAUUAAAGAGAGUUGACACAUGCAUCAAGGUUUUCAUGACCUCCUACGGAGAGAGCUUCCCUGAAUGCAGCAUCACUCCCAAGAUGCACUUGCUGGAGAAUCAUGCUGUCGAGCAGUUGUCCAGGUUUGGCGUUGGCUUUGGUCUCCUCAACGAGCAAGGAGGGGAGUUAAUCCACACUGAAUUNCAAUAGAACAGGUCGUGUUGUACAA